ACAUGUUGUCAGACAUCUGAGCGGAUAAUGGAAUUAGAGGACAUUUAUGAAAAUAUUGAAAAAGAAGAUAUUAAGGACACAUGUGAACCUCAAACACAAAGUCGCUGCCAGGAUGAAGGAAAAGCUCGAAAGCAAAGAGGAAGUAGAUGUUUGGUGUUGAUCACAGUGAGUCUCGGGCUCAUUUGUGUUCUUCUGCUGGUCUUCAUCAUACUGCAGCACAUCACCAUCACAGCAGAGAGAGACCUGAUAAAGAGUUACAAGAACACAGUUAAAGAGUUCAAUCAAACCAUUAACAGCUUACAAGACAAUUACACUGAUCUAAUGACUGAAAAACACCAACUGCAGAACAACUUCAGCUCUUUGAGUCAGAAGAAUCUGGAGCUGGAGACCAGAGUCAAAGAUCUCACUGCUGAGAAAAACCAGUUACAGAGCAACUUCAACUCUUUGAGUCAGAAGAAGCUGGAGUUAGAGACUGAGAUAAGGAAGUUAUCUGAUCAAGGAAAGGGCAGGCUUUUCAUGUCCACUGAAGCGAAGAGCUGGUCUGACAGCAGGCAGUACUGCAGGGAUUGUGGAGCUGAUCUGGUCAUUAUCAACACUCAAGAGAAGCAGCAGCUGGUAUCUUCUUUAGUCAAGGAGAUAGUGUGGAUUGGUUUGUCUGACAUACAGCAGGAAGGCUACAUGAAAUGGGUGGAUAAUUCACCACUGAAACAAGGGUUUUGGGAAAAAAAUGAGCCGAAUGACGCAGCUGGAAAUGAAGACUGCAUUGAACUGAAUCCUGCAAAACCCGUCCUGAAAAACUGGAACGAUAUCCCAUGCUCAGAUAAGAGAAAAUGCAUCUGUGAUAAUUAGCUUCCAAUUCUUCAUCUUUUGAUAAUAAUCAUUUUUAUUGCAUCACUUCUGCUGACUCAUUUUAUUUUAUUUUUUCCCAUGUUACUUAUGUUACAUGUUA